CUUAAAACAACUGAAUUAAGUCAGCUGAUUUUCGCACCAAUCAGCUGACUGACCUUUGCUCCUUGCCCGCGUAAACAUGUUAUGCAUCUUAUUGUUUGGCUGACCUUGUUGCCGACGGGAUUUUAAAAUUUAUCAUGCUGAAACAGAGGAUUUGGGAUACGUCUCGAUCUCUUGGGCCUCAUGGGGAGAUUACUCUUAACCUUUCUAACUGUGCCUUGGAAAAUAUUGAAGAAGUGCCAAAUGAUAUAAAUAUCCUUAUCUUAGACCAAAAUUAUAUCCGCCGCCUUGAAAACUUAUCCAGUGUGUGUGAUUUACAACAGCUUUCAGCGGCUAAUAACAGAAUUUUACAAAUGCAUGGAGUUGCACAUUUAGUGAAUCUGACUAUCUUAAAUCUACCAAACAAUGGAAUCGUCUCCAUUGAUGGUUUAAUCAGGCUUACUCGUUUAAGGUGGCUCAACUUGUCAGGAAAUAAAAUUAAAGUCAUUGAACAAUUAGAGAAGAAUACAAACUUGAAGCAUCUUGAUUUAUCUGAUAACUACAUUUCUGAGCUAAGCGAUUUAUCAUUCUUAGUGAAACUAAAAACACUUCUCCUACACUGCAAUCAUAUUACUACCAUUCAAAAUGCAUCAAAAGUAUUGCCGAAAUCACUUGAAAUCAUAUCUCUGGCUAGUAAUGUGAUUUCAAAUAUUUUGGAGGUGCAAGAGCUGUCGUGCCUCACUAUGCUUAUGCAGUUUUCCCUGAGGAAUAAUCCUUGUGCAGAAUCAACUGCAUACGACCACAAAAUGUUUGUCCUAGGAUGGUUACCGAACCUACAUAUGUUUGAUGGUUUCAAAGUUACAAGUGAAGAUGUUGAAAAAGCGAAAUACUUCAUAUCAGGAUUGAGGUUUUCCCUUACUCUACCUUCGAGUAAAUCUUCUCAGGAGUAUGACUAUACUGUACAAAAAGAUCAUAUUAAUCAGUGCCAAAUGAAAGCAACCUUUCCUAAUGGGAUUGAUCACAACUUGAACAGUGUUUGCAAUGACAAUCCACAGUCAUCAUAUAUUGAGUUGUCAACCACUAACUCAUCUACAAUAAGCCAGAACUAUUCGUCAGAUUCACUUUCAAAUCGUAUGUCAGGAACCUGUAAUGGAUCGUGUGGAAAAUCUGUGUCUACAUUUAUCCCUUUAAAUGUUUCCACUGGAAGUCGAGAAAAUCACUUUUCUCAAUCUAUCACAUCAUUAAAUACUGCUGUAUUAAACAACGGCAAUAAUCAUACUUCUAAUAAUAAUAAUGACAACAACAGCAAUAUUCAUGUUCAUCAAGGGAAAUACAGUCACGGAUUAGAUUCUGCAUGUAAUAACACAAUGAAUUCUACAGACUCAACAAUUUCAAUUCAUCCCAAAGUAGUAAACAUCUGUAAUAAUUAUAAUAAUGACAAGGAUAAAAGUCAGCGUAAUUUUUCAAACACUCUGACACCGUUGUCAUCUAUAUCACCAUCAUCGUUAUUGCCCUCAACGCAUUUACCAGUGAAAAAUACAAAUUGUUUAUCUGAAAAAAUUGUUAAAUCUACUCCAGAAGAUCAAUUAUUCACAUGUGGAAGUAAUUCAUGUCAUAGUAAACUGGAUUCAUCGCCUAAUCACUUACUUUCAUCUGAUUCAGUAUAUUUACCAUUAGAUUUAUCAAAAAAUAGAACGAAUACUAAUGAUGAUAAUAAAGUACAAAAGCUGUCAGGAAAGAAUAUAGUGGGAAAGCCGUAUAGUACAGAAAAACGUGAAUCGUCAAGAUUAUCACCAAAUGAUACAUUAUUAUCUUCAAGGAAUUUUAUUCCGUUAAAUAAAACUAUUCAUCGUUCACAUUCACCAACAAAUUCUUUGCAUAAUUCAAAGGCCAAUGCAACCUCAAAACCCCUAAAAGAAAGCCUUAUCGACGGUGUCCAUUUAAUAGUUGAUGAUGACGAUAAUGAUGAUGGUGAUGAUGGAGGAGAGGAAGAAGAAGUAGACGUAUUCACGGAAGGAACUGUUCAAACAACAAAGUUUAUUCAUCCCUUGGAAGACGAUUUACAGCUUCAACCUCAAGAAAGUAAUAUAACUCACCAAAAUGGGAGUAGUCAUGUCAACAUGGGAAAGCCAUUGAUGAACAGUAAUUAUGAUGAUAAUGCUGGCUGUCAGUAUUCAAGUUCAAUACUUCGGAAAGAUUUCAAGUCUUCUGAAUUAUGUUCAAGUUUGAAUACAAAUCAAACGAAUGAAAAUUCACAUGAUAAUAUCAUCGCUACGAAAUCUGAAAAAUUGACACAAAUAAAUCAUGAUCUAAGACUGCCUAAUGGACAUAAUAACAUUCCUCCUGAAUUGUGUGAUUCAGUAACUCCCAUUUCUGAUGGAGAGACCAAUACUAUUAAUAAUGGCGCACCACUACCUGUUACACAAGAUGCUGGUACAUUAACCGACUGUAUACCGUCGAUAUCUUCAUCAUCAACACAACCAUGUUGUUCAGAUUGUUGUAAACAAAAACAGUUUUUAGAGAAGAUGUUUUUAUACUUUGAUUUAUGUCUAGAAGAGCAGUCUAUGCUCAUUGAACUACAAUCAAAAAGUAUGCUAUCUCUGGUAAACGAAGUUUGUGAAUUAAAAUCUUGGAAAGAGUCAGUUAUGGGAACAAUAUCAGCAUUUAUUCAUCAAUCAGCUAACUUUCCUCCUAAUUCCGGUCAAACUGAUAAUGAUAAUUGUACUAGUCAAAACCCUUUAACUUAUCAGUCAUCAGAUGAAUGCUCAUCGAAUACGCUGAUGAAUUGUGCUGUUUCCUCCACAACCACACCAAUUGAAGAGAAUGGAGAAGCAGGAAAUACUGAAGGAAUUAUCACAAAUGAUAUUGAAAGUGAUCUACAGAGCCAUGCACACAUAGAUACACAUGAAGAAAAUCACAUUAUAAGUAAUUAUUCCGGAUCUAUUGAUAAUAAUGCUGAAAAUGACCAACUUCCAAGUGAAAUUCGCAAGUCACAACAAAGAGUUUCAACCAUAAAUAAUAGUACUACAGAAUGCUCAGAAAUAUCAGAAUUACAACAUACUCUACGCGUUAAUUAUAAUAAUAAUGAUGGUGAUAAUAAUAACAGCAUAAAUAAUGAAAGGAGCAAUUCAUCAUCUUCUAAUGGUGACCACAAUAAUAAUUUUUAUCAUAAUAACACAUCCACAGAAUGCAUAAUAUCAAUGCAUACUUCCAACGCAAUAGAGAUUAAUCAUCAAGGUAGUGGUAGUCAUUGUGAUGUUCAAUACAGUAAUGCUACAAAUAGUCCUGUUGGUGUAGAAGAUUCUCCUGAUGACAAUGAUGAUGAUGAUGACGAUAAUAAUAAUAUAGAACAUGUAAGACAAGUUCUCAUACAGGCUAUGAAUUUAGAUGCUUCUGUUGAUGACGAAGUGGAUACAAGCCAUGAUAAUAGUGGUUGAUCUGUCUUCCUCAUGAUCACAACUGCCCGUCUUGACGAUAAGAGAAAUAAGGCAAUCAACACAGGAGACAAUUAAGUCACAUUUUUAUUGGAAAGAAAGCAACAAAAAAUUAAAAUUAAAAAAAGAAGAGAACUGUUUUAUUCCGGUGAUGAUUGUUAACGUUUUGUUGCAUAUCAAUUUUUUAAAAUUAUUUUUCACGUAAUUGGUC